GGAGACUCGUGAGAUUAACUAUGGCGGAAAGGUAGGGAGGACGUUCACCUAACAGGGAAAUUCAGCAUCGGCUAACCGCAUUGGCCGACAAGCUCCUUCUGGUCAAGCAGACGUUGCUGUUUUAGAGCAAAGACUGGUUUGUUCCGUUAUCCCUGUUUGGGCAUAACACGAGGCACUAGAACACAUAAAGAUGCCUAAUAUCAAGAUCUUCAGUGGUAGCUCUCACCAGGAUUUAUCACAAAGAAUUGCAGACCGCCUCGGACUGGAGUUGGGGAAGGUCGUUACGAAAAAGUUUAGCAAUCAAGAGACAUGUGUGGAGAUUGGAGAGAGCGUCCGUGGCGAGGACGUAUACAUUGUACAGAGUGGCUGUGGGGAAAUAAAUGACAACUUGAUGGAGCUUCUAAUUAUGAUUAACGCCUGCAAAAUAGCAUCUGCCUCCCGUGUCACUGCCGUCAUCCCAUGUUUCCCUUAUGCCCGGCAAGAUAAAAAGGACAAGAGCCGGGCGCCAAUCUCUGCCAAGCUGGUGGCCAAUAUGCUCUCAGUUGCAGGUGCUGAUCAUAUAAUAACCAUGGACCUACAUGCUUCCCAGAUACAGGGAUUCUUUGACAUUCCUGUGGACAACCUGUAUGCAGAACCUGCUGUGCUAAAAUGGAUUAAGGAGAAUAUUCCUGAAUGGAAAAAUUGCACCAUUGUUUCACCUGAUGCUGGAGGAGCCAAAAGGGUUACCUCCAUAGCAGACAGGCUAAAUGUUGACUUUGCCCUCAUUCACAAAGAGCGGAAAAAGGCUAAUGAGGUGGAUCGCAUGGUGUUGGUUGGAGACGUGAAGGAUCGGGUAGCCAUCUUAGUUGAUGACAUGGCUGACACGUGUGGUACCAUCUGCCACGCAGCUGACAAGCUGAUAUCUGCUGGUGCCACCAAAGUUUAUGCCAUCCUUACUCAUGGCAUCUUCUCGGGGCCUGCCAUAUCACGCAUCAACAAUGCUUGCUUUGAGGCUGUAGUUGUCACCAACACCAUUCCACAGGAGGAAAAGAUGAAGCAUUGUCCUAAAAUACAGGUCAUUGACAUAUCCAUGAUCUUAGCUGAGGCUAUUCGCAGAACCCACAAUGGCGAGUCUGUCUCCUAUCUCUUCAGCCACGUUCCUUUGUAACUUUGCUCCCUUGCUGCUUGUCCGUUGGCUGUGUUAUCAGAAAGAGCGAGCUCAACCCCGGGUCCUCAGCGGCAGACAUCUCACUGAGAGUUCGCUUUGUCCAAACCCAGAGGAUGUCAGCCUUGUGUGAAAUCACAGCACCUGUAACACCACCCCCAUCCUCAACUGGAGCAUACAUUUGUAGUUCAGGAUUCAGCAAAGCAUUCUAAAUUAUUUCAGUUGAGGCAGAAAGCCUGAUCUUUUUAGUUCCAUGUCUCACAGCCCCAUUUUUGAUAUAAUACACUGACAGUGAGUAUUGUACAUGCAAGGCUGUUUGGGUAAUGACUUGUUACAGUUUAAUUUAUUUGGGCAUCAUUUGUGUCCAAUGAUGGUAAAGACCUGUGUAGGUGGUGCUGACACUGGCACCCUGUUUAAAGAAUGUGUGUGUGUGUGUGUGGAUGAUUUGAUUUUAUUUAUUUUUUUUCCUUUGGCAUUCAUUUUAUUAGAUGCUGGGGAUUGUACUUUGGGGUCUCUGCAGGCUGGAGCUUCCUUGACAUAGUCCGUUUUAUGUUUUUAUUGCUUUUUCUCUCACGCUCUCUCUCUCUACUUUUUUAAAGAAAUCUGUGAAUUUUCUGGAAUAUCUCACUUUCUUCUGUUAUAAAUGUUCUUGUUAUGAAUUCUCUUUUAUAAAUGUUAGUUAAAUAAUCCAUUUAAGUUGACUAUUGUGUUCUUAUUAAGAGUUGUGAUAGAGCAAGAAAUUUCGCCUGGGUUGGCUUUUCGUAACAGUGGAUUGUAGGGUACCAACCUUGCACAUUUCAAUUUUUAAUUUGAGUUUGUGUGUUGAUCACUUACAUUAAUGACAGCUUUCUGAUUAGGAAAACAUUAGGAAAACAAUUUCAGUGAUUUGAUACCAUUGUUGGCAUUCAUAUUUCUCAAAGAGACAAGACAGAAUGUAUGUGCAUGACCCACUUCAAGGUUAUCAAAAUUUAGCCUCAAGACUAACACAUUUAAGGGCAAGACAUGAUACUUUUUGUUUUUUUUGCCUCUUUUGAGUAUACAAAUUCAGUUUUAAUUAACUUCUGAUUCUAAUUCAAUUUACUAGUAUUUAGUGGCAUUUUACUAUUUUUAUUUUGUGUGCUUAAUAAUACUAGAUUAAAGUUUGCACAUUAACUUUU